CAAUAGCAAAAAAGCAAGUUAUCGGAAAUAAUGUUGUUUUUCUACAAUAAAUAAUUUAGUGUCAUAAUGUAUUUGCGAAAUCGAGAAAAUAUAAUGCUCAGAAUUCGACGAACACUACGCGAUGUCUCCGACCCAUUUGAAGAGAAAACGAAUUCCACAACUUUUAUAGAACAUAUGUGACCGGUUAUAUAAGAUUCAAAUAUUAAAAAUGAGUAUCAACCGCAAUUGACAGUCAUCAGCGGAGUAUCAUUAUUUCAUUGUGAUCUGCAAAUACAAUAGCGAGUAUUAGUCAGUACCUAAGCGUGCAAUUAUGGCAGAUGCCAUUCUAGAAGAAGAAAAAGCAGAUAAUGUGCAAGUACAAGAAGGCGUAAAAGUACCAUAUAUCCUUCGAGGUGAAUAUUUUUGUAUAUUAGAAAAAGCGGACACCAAAAUUAAGGCAAAAUGCAAAAUUUGUAUGGAUGGAAAAGGUUCUUUGUCUGGCGGUAUCCGGUCAACCGGAAAUUUUAUCAGACAUUUAAAGUAAAUGAUUGUGUGGCACUACAAAAAAUAUUUGAAUCAUAAGACUGAUCUAAAGAUAAAAAUGAAAACGUCAAAAAACAAAGAUCACUCCCAAUCCAGUGUAAAGGCAUGGGUAAAAGGUUUCCAUUCUGUAGUAUCAAAAAUAAAGUUAUUGCAGUUGGUGGCAUCUUACAUUAUAGCAGAAAUGAGACCUGUGGUUACUGUAGAAAAGCCAGCAUUUAGGAGCCUUAUUAAACAGCUUUCGGAAUUGACACCUCCAAGUAGACAGGCUGUAACUAAUUACUGCAUUGAGUUAGAGGAAUCAAAAAAGACUGCUCUGAAAGUAGAGUUGCAAGCAGCAAAAUACUGCUGUACCACUGCUGAUAUUUGGAGUCAUCACAGUCGAAGCUUCAUAGGAGUAACAGGCCAUAUCAUAGAUAAGGAUAAUUUUCAACGAAAAUCGUAUUUGCUUGCAUGUCGUAGAAUGAAGUUCUCUCAUAACUUCUUAGAUAUAGCUAAAACUCUGUUGGAUAUUCAUGAGGAAUAUGAUCUUCAAGCUUCAAAACUUGUUGCGACAGUGACUGAUAACGCUUCUAAUUUUGGAAAAGCUUUCUGAAUCUUUCAAAUGCCUUGCGCAGUAAAUUCAGAGGAUGAAGAGGUUUUAGACGAUCCGUUGCAAUCGGAAAUGGAGAUAGUUCCAUUACCCAAUAAUCUUCGCGAUUUUGUAAGUGAAGAUUAUACUGGCAUUAUGGAAGAUGCCAACCAGUAUUUACCAGAGCAUUUCAAAUGUUGCUCACAUACAUUGAAUUUGAUAGCAACAACUAAUGCUGCCAAAGCCCUAGAAGAUCGAAAUUAUAAGCGAGCCUACCAAUCAGCAUUUAGCAAAUCAUUUAGCCUCUGGAAUUUGACUUUGUUAAACUUUCUAUACCAUGUCCAACUAGAUACAUAUGAUGUCUACAUAUGAUAGUUUAUCUAAGCUCUUGUCUAUAAAACAAUACCUUCCAAGUCUCUGUGAAAAGCUAAAAGUGCCUAAGUUCAAAGUUGCAGACAUAGAAUUCUUAACAGAACAUUUGGCAGUAACAAAACCUCUUGCUUUGGCAAUAGAUAUUCUUCAAGGAGAAAAAAAUUGUUUUUUUGGCAUUGUGUUGCCCACUGUUGUGCAGUUACAACAAUCACUGGCACAAAAUACACAUUUAACAUAUUGUACUGCGCUUAAUGAAGCAUUGUUAGAUGGCUUGAGAAAACGUUUCGGAUAUGUAAUGGAUUUUCAUAACACAGCGAGUAAGCCAUUUAUAUUAGCAACGAUAACUCAUCCAAAAUUUAAAGUGCGGUGGAUAUCAGCAUUGUUUGAAAAUGAGCAAUCUCAUGCAGGACAAAUAUGUCAAAAUUUGCCUUUUGAACAAGCCGAAGCAGUACGUGAAUCUUUGCAAUCGAGAGAAAACUCCGGGUCUGAAGAAAGUAUGACGCUCUCCUCCGAUGAUGAUACUAACAAGAACCCCCCCAACCCGACCCCACCGAUUUCAAUAAUUUUUUGAUAUGUUGUAGUACUCGACAAAAUAAGAGACACGUAUUUUUUUUUUGUGCUGACAUCCACUUUAAAGGGGUGAAAAC